GGGUCCCGGAACCGAACCGAAGAACCGGGGCAAAAGAGCAAAACACCCACUUCCUCUCAAAAUUUUCCCUCACUUUCCCGCCGGAAACCCUAGCUUCCUCCUCCGUCUCCGUCGCGCGCGCGAGAGAACACGAUGCUGGAGCUGCGGCUAGUGCAGGGAUCGCUGCUGAAGAAGGUCCUGGAGUCGCUCAAGGACCUCGUCAACGACGCCAACUUCGACUGCUCCGCCACGGGGUUCUCCCUCCAGGCCAUGGACUCCAGCCACGUGGCCCUGGUGGCCCUCCUCCUCCGGUCGGAGGGCUUCGAGCACUACCGGUGCGACCGCAACAUCUCCAUGGGGAUGAACCUCAACAACAUGUCCAAGAUGCUCAAGUGCGCCGGCAACGACGACAUCAUCACCAUCAAGGCCGACGACGGCAGCGACACGGUCACCUUCAUGUUCGAGAGCCCGACGCAGGAUAAAAUUGCUGACUUCGAGAUGAAAUUGAUGGACAUAGACAGCGAGCAUCUUGGAAUACCGGAGGCAGAGUACCAUGCCAUUGUUAGGAUGCCGUCAGCUGAGUUUGCUAGGAUUUGUAAAGAUCUCAGUAGCAUUGGUGAUACCGUUGUUAUAUCCGUGACGAAGGAGGGCGUGAAAUUUUCUACCAGAGGUGAUAUAGGAACUGCAAAUAUUGUUUGCAGGCAGAAUACAACAGUCGACAAGCCGGAGGAAGCUACAGUCGUUGAAAUGAAUGAGCCAGUGACAUUGACUUUUGCACUGAGGUAUCUGAACUCCUUCACGAAGGCAACCCCUUUAUCUAACACUGUGACUAUCAGUUUGUCUUCGGAUCUUCCUGUUGUUGUCGAGUACAAGAUUGCCGAGAUGGGUUAUAUCAGGUUUUACCUGGCUCCUAAGAUAGAAGAGGAUGAGGACGAGACAAAGCCAUAAGUUGCUGGAGUCCCGAAUUAGUUAAACUGUUUUGAAGCCUGUGGUAAUUCAUGUUUCUGUCUCAGGAUUUUUUUUUCUACUCUUUACAGGGUCUUCCCCGAGUUGGAAAAUGUUAGUAGCUUUGAAUCAGUGUUAUGUCCUCCCCCAAUGUAUGCUUUACGCUUGCUUCUGACUUUAGGGAAGUUCUCUAAUGGAUUUUAGGUCUUUCUUCCAA